UGUUGUUGAGGAAAACGAGAACCAAAGUCAAACCAUGAAUGUCCUGAAAGAGGGGUUGGCUGCGUUGAUCCUGUUGCCCCGGUUUCUAGUAACCGUCCUCAUUCUGUUGCUCCUUGAUAUCUUGUGCAUCCGUAAAUGGAUGCUGUCCAGGCAACAGAGCGAAGGAAAUGCUGAUGACCCUCCCAUCUGCGUCUCGGACACGAACCGAAUGUUUACCUUCGAAUCUCUCAAAGCGAUCUGGCGCGGCCAGAAGCUAGACUUCUUCAAAUCGGCCCACGUGGGCUCGCCGGCUCCAAACCCCGAGGUGGUGGAACUUGAAGGACACAAGAGGGUCCGGCUACUCGAUUUCAACCAAGAUGCGAGGCCCUUGGUUCUCAACUUUGGUAGCUGCACUUGACCCCCAUUCAUGGCGCGCCUCAAGGCGUUCCAGCGGGUCGCCACUCAAUAUGCAGACAUUGCAGACUUUCUACUGGUCUACAUUGAGGAAGCCCACCCUUCAGAUGGCUGGAUAAGUACCGAUGCUCCUUAUGAUAUCCCAAAGCACCGUUGCCUGGAAGACCGUCUGAAAGCGGCCAACCUGAUGAAGGAAGCGAACCCAGGCUGCCUUGUUGUGGCAGACGGCAUGAGUAAUUCUUCCAGCGCAGCCUACGGCGCUUAUUUUGAACGGCUCUAUGUCCUCCUCAAUCGGAAAGUGGUGUACCAAGGGGGAAGGGGGCCAGAGGGUUAUAAGAUCUCAGAACUCAGAUUGUGGCUCGACCAGUACAGAAAUCAGAGUUAUCAUUCCAGCACUGCCGCAGUUGAAGUAUAAAUGAAAUAAAUGCACUGAGCUCUUACAAAGGUUUAAUAUAUUUCGUUCUACAUGCUGGUGGUUUUAUUUUGCUGAACGAAUUCGUAAAAUCCACGGUGACUUGUAAUGUAUGGUUAAUGUGGCUUUAUUCUCCGAUAUUUAAUGUAUACAGUAUCUGUAAAUAUACUUAAACUAUAUAUAUUGCUUUUUUACAGUUUCAUUUUACUUGAAAAGCGAGUUAAAUAAUAAUUGGAAUUCGUAGCUAUUCCUGGCACUUUUUUGUGAAAGCCGGUUUUGAAAUGGCAUUUUGCUUGGAAACCGCGCCUGAUGUGACAAGUGCUCGGUUUACCGUGCGCAAAGUUUGUAGAGACCGCUAUUGUAAUGAGGCUGUUGAUUGAGAUGUUUCGAAAUUAUUCACGGUAUUUUUUGAGAAAAUGUCUUGUUUCUCAUGUUUUAGAACAAACGUUUAUUACAAUUUAUAAUAAAG